AUGGUUGCGCUCAUGGGCCUCGAGUACAAAGCUCAUGGCCUACGAGCAACCUCACGCCUCUCGGUGCGCCGUCUCGUGGGGUGCCCGAAGGCCCUGUACCAGAUGCCUCCUCCCCGCAGCAGCCUCUCGAAGACCUUCUUCACCUGCUCGGGCGCCCUCUGCAUCCGGGGCCAGCCUGCCCGCCCCCGUGUUCCGCCCGGGCGAAAACGUCCCCGUCAGCAUUAUCAUCAAGAAUCAGACGUCGCGGGAGGUGAAGAGGCUCAAGGUGAAGGUGGUUCAGCAGCGCAAGUACCGAUGUUCAGCCUGAAAGAGGUGAAGGAACAAACUCUCAUUAAGACAGACGAGCCGAUCACCUUGGCUCCCGGGGUGUCGGUCGAGCGUAACGUCACACUCAUGGUCACGGCACCUUCUAAGACGCAAGGCGAAAUCCGAAGACCCCGACGUCCUGGCCCCUCUACCAUCCCCAACCCGAACGUGGACUUCGCCGACAUCUUCGGCAUCCACGUGAACUACGUCGUCAGAGUAAAGGCCGUGUUCGGGGCGCUGACGGGCGACGCCGUUCUCGACCUGCCCUUCACGCUGGCCAUCGAGCGCUAG